GGGAAAAUUUGCUAAGAGGACGUAUAAUUAAUUAAACAAUGAGUUCGUAUCAAUUUGUCAAUUCGUUGGCAUCAUGUUAUGCAGCGAAUCAACAAGGUGGUCAACCUGGUGGACCUGGAAAUCGACCUGGACAUUCACCAAAUGAUGCACCGCAUCCACAAGCACAACAAGCACCCCCCGGUGCUGAUUAUUAUAACCCAAAUGCGGCCGUUGCGGCUGCCGCUGCAGCCGCAGCUGCAGCUAGUGCAUACCCACCAAAUUGUUAUUCACCCCCACAACAUUACCCACAACAUCCAUAUGCCACUCCGGCACAACCGACAACAGGUGGACACAAUUUACAACCGUCCGGUAUGAUUGAUUAUACACAAUUACAACCCCAAAGAUUAUCCGCUGGUGCAACGCAUCAAACGCAACAUUUAACGCAACAGCAUCAUCCGCAACAUCAACAGAGUCCCCCGGGGGCACAAUCACCGAUAAUGGCUCAACAACAACAACAAAAUGCUCAACAGACUGUGGCAAGUAGUUGUAAAUAUGCGGAUUCAUCCACAUCCUCGGCAAAUGUAUCCUCCCCACAAGAUUUAAGUACUUCAGGUCCGGGUGGUACAAAUGGCCCGACUCGGAAUUUAAGUAGUCCAGUACCGAUAAAUGUUGCACCAUCGGCCAGUAAUACAAAAGCACCAGGUUUAACGUCACCGUUGUCGGUGGCUACAUCACCACCGGGGGUUGGCGCACUUGGUAAACAACAAGCGUCCUCAUCAACUGCGUCACAAAAUUUAUCAUCACCAGCAUCGAGUACAAGUUCUACAUCCAGUUCGGAAAUGAAAUCGAAUAAUAAUAGUAAAGGUGGAUCGUCUGGAAAUCCACCACAAAUUUAUCCAUGGAUGAAACGAGUACAUCUUGGUCAAACUAAAGGUGCAAACGAGAAAUCCUCGGAUGAUAGUACUGUAAAUGCAAAUGGCGAAACAAAACGACAACGAACAUCAUAUACACGAUAUCAAACAUUGGAAUUAGAAAAGGAAUUUCAUUUUAAUCGUUAUUUAACACGACGUCGACGUAUCGAAAUCGCACAUGCAUUAUGUUUAACAGAACGUCAAAUAAAAAUAUGGUUUCAAAAUCGUCGUAUGAAAUGGAAGAAAGAACACAAGAUGGCCAAUUUCCAUUUGGAGUCAUUCCAAGACGCAGAUGGUUAUGCAUUUUAUCAUCAAGGAAUGGGUGGUAUGCAUCCAAUGCACCGUGGUUUAUACGCAUAUGGUGGACCAUACAGCUAGCAAUCCUGGAAUAAUUUUGGACCAUCCACAUCUGGUCCAAAGUGGGAACAAGAUUCAAUGAAUAUUUAAAACAAAUAUUAAUUUAUUUUUUAAUUUGUAA